AUGACUGGCACCAGUCAUUUUUCAGACCAGUUCGCUGCCCUCUCGACCGAAGAGCGCAAGGCUGCCGGCGCCGAGGCCAAGAACCGUGGUAACGCUGCCUACACGGCCGCGGACUUCGCCACGGCUAUCAAGGAGUUCACGACUGCUAUCGCGUACGAGCCCCACAACCACGCGUACUACUCGAACCGCUCGGCCGCCUACUUGAGCAACGGCAACGCGGCGCCCGCGAUGGCCGAUGCCAACAAGUGCAUUGAGAUCGACGCCAAGUGGGGCAAGGGCUACGCUCGUCUCGGCGCUGCGUACUACUUUAUCAAGUCGUACGAGAAGGCCAUCCAGGCCUACUCGAAGGGCUUGACGGUCGACAAGGGCAACAAGCAGCUCCUUGCCGGCUUGACGCAGGCCCAGGCUGCUCUCCAGGUCCUCCAGGAAGAGGCCUCGGGUGUCGAGAUGGACGACGCCACGCGCAAGAUGAAGCGCAUGGAGAUCGAGGACAAGAUCAACAAGGCCCGCGCCGAGCGCGAAGAGCGUGCUGCCCGCGCCGAGCGUGGUUUCUCGGAGGUCAUCGGUAUCGAUCUCGGUACGACGUACUCGUGCGUCGGUGUCUGGAAGGACGGCCAGGUCGAGAUCAUUGCCAACAGCGAAGGUAACCGCACGACGCCGUCGUGGGUCGCCUUCAACGAAGCCGAACGCUUGAUUGGUGACGCCGCCAAGCUCCAGGCUGCCUCGAACGCCACCAACACGGUCUUCGAUGCCAAGCGUAUCAUUGGUCGCGCUUUCUCGGACCCGAUCGUCAAGAAGGACGCUGCUCACUUCCCGUUCAAGAUUGUCGAAGGCGAAGGCGACAAGCCGCUCAUCCAGGUCACGUUCAAGGGCGAGGAGAAGAACUUUUCGCCGGAAGAGAUCUCGUCGAUGGUCCUUACGCGCAUGAAGGAGACGGCGGAGAACUACCUCGGCCAGGAGAUCAAGCAGGCUGUCGUCACGGUCCCUGCUUACUUCAACGACCAGCAGCGUCAGUCGACGAAGGAUGCCGGUGCCAUUGCCGGCCUCGACGUCAAGCGCAUCAUCAACGAGCCCACGGCCGCCGCCCUCGCGUACGGCUUGGACACGAACGCCGGUGCCGAUGGCUCUAAGACCAACAUCCUCAUCUUCGAUCUCGGUGGUGGUACCUUCGAUGUGUCGAUCCUCUCUAUCGAGAACGGCAUCUUCGAAGUCAAGUCGACGGGCGGCGACACGCAUCUCGGUGGUGAAGAUUUCGACUCGAACAUGGUCGACUACCUCAUCACGGAGUUCAAGCGCAAGAACAAGGGCCUUGACCCCACGUCGUCGGCUCGCUCGAUGCGCCGUCUCCGCACGGCCUGCGAGUCGGCCAAGCGCAUGCUCUCGACGACGACGUCGGCCUCGAUCGAGGUUGACUCGCUCUUCGAGGGCGUUGACUUCUCGUCGACGAUGACGCGCGCCAAGUUCGAGUCGCUCAACGAAGAGUGCUUCAAGCGCACGGAAGAGACCGUCCUCAAGGUGCUUGCCGACGCCAACAUGCAGCCGGGUGACAUCACGGAGCUCGUCCUUGUCGGCGGUUCCACGCGUAUCCCCAAGGUGCAGAACAUGCUCUCGGCUGUCUUCGGCGGCAAGGAGCUCUCGAAGUCGAUCAACCCGGAUGAGGCCGUCGCGUACGGUGCCGCCGUCCAGGGUGCCAUCCUCUCGGGCAUCCGCAACGACGCCACGAACUCGCUCCUCCUCGUCGAUGUGACGCCGCUCUCGCUCGGUAUUGAGCUUGUCGGCAAGGUCAUGUCGGUGCUCAUCAAGCGCAACACGGCGAUUCCUGUCAAGAAGACGCGCAUCUACACGACCGAAGAGGACUGGCAGACGACGGAGAAGGUCGUCAUCUUCGAAGGCGAGCGUGCUUGUGUCGUCGACAACAACAAGCUCGGCGAGUUCGAGAUCUCGGGCAUUGAGCGCGCCAAGCGCGGCGAGCCGCAGAUCGAAGUGACGUUCGAGAUCGAUGCCAACGGCAUCCUCCACGUCUCGGCCCGCGACAAGAAGACGGGCGCCAAGAACGCGACGACGAUCUCCAACAACCGCGGUCGCCUCACCCAGCAGGACAUUGACCGCAUGGUCGAAGAGGCCGAGAAGUUCAAGAAGGACGACGCGCAGAUGCUCAAGCGCAUCGACGCCCGCAACGACCUCGAGGGCUACCUCUACCGCGCUCUCGAAGCCGCGUCCAAGAAGAACGACGCCGCCGCCCAGACCGCGCUUCGCGAAGCUCGCGACUGGAUGGACGACAACGAAGAACUCACGGUGCGCGAACUCGAAGACAAGCGCCGCGUCCUCGAGCGCACGUACAAGUAUUAGAUCAUCACCGCUGCUCGCCAUCCACGCGAACUCUAAUAAUAUGCCGGUGGCCGCCGUCACAACA